AUAUUCUCAAAAACAGGUCUCUCCCCUUUAAAUUCCACGAUAAAACAGAGAUUUGACUUCUCCAGCUCCCAAGUGUAAGGGCUGUGGACAACAUGUGUGUGGCAUCACUCCAGUGGCUCUGCUGCACCUCUGUGCCUUGUCAUCAGCACUGGACAAUCCCAGCAGUCACAACUGAUGCCACCAAAAGAGAGAAAAGGAACCUAAAACGUCCCCCAGAGCAGGAGGGGGCAGUGAUGAUGCAAAGGGCAAAGUGCUGCUGCUCCCUGCUCCAGAGCCGCUCCUGGGUGGGAAAAUGCAGCACAUCCUGCUGCCAGCUGCCCCCAAAGGACCCCAGCCUGCAGAGCUGGGCAUCUGCAUCGGCUUCUCAGCGCCUUCGUGAGCUCUGUGGGGCUUUGGGAGCAGCUACACAAAGGACAGGCAAGUGGGAAGAGAUGGCUGGAGAGCUCGAGGCGUGGCUGGAGGCAGCUGCUCUGCCUGCACUCGUCUGGUGGAGAUGAGAAAAUGAUGGUGCUUGGUGCCGAGUUCCAGGACAGCUGUUUGCUUUCAGCCCACGUCACCCAGACACACGGAAACACGAAACUGAGUCAGAUGGUUUGUGAAAGGUUUGUGCAACCUUAUCUCGGAUGUCCCCUGAGAUCUAGGGCUUGGCCAGGGACUCCUCGUACCAGGAAGCAAACUGCUGUAAACAAGGGAAGCGUGAGGCUCUCGGAACCGCUGGAGACUCCCUGGCACUGAGACGCUGAAACUGGGACACAGCACGCUGUGCCAGCACGCCACCCAUCUCCCCCUGGCCACGGGGGCUUCAGUGGUGCCCUCUGAAUUCAACCUGCCUGGCUUGCUGUGGAACAUAUCCCUGCAGAGCCCCACCAUCCAGCCAUGCUGCACUUCCUCUGGGAUAGCAUCUCCCUCCAGACAUUCCUCAUCUUUCUCUUCGUCUUCCUGCUCAUCGCAGACUACAUGAAAAACAGAAAUCCAAAGAAUUUCCCUCCCACCCCCCUCCGCCUUCCCUUUUUGGGGCACAUCUACCUCGUGGACUUCAAAGAUCCUUUGGUUGCAGUGCAGAAGCUAAGUAAAACAUAUGGUGACAUCUUUGGCAUGCACAUGGGCAGCAUGAAGUUUGUGAUGGUAAAUGGGAUGCGGCUGGUGAGGGAAGUGCUCGUAAACCAAGGGGACAAGUUCAUGGACCGCCCUGACAUUCCUCUCGACGAGGAGAUCUUCAGCAAGAUCGGACUGAUCUCCUCCAGCGGGCACCUGUGGAAGGCACAGAGGAGGUUCACCCUGACCACGCUCCGGAACUUCGGCCUGGGGAAGAGGAGCCUGGAGGAGCGCAUCCAGGAGGAGUGCCGGUACCUCGGGGAUGUGUUUGGGGAUGAGCAGGGGAAUCCUUUCGAUCCUCAGCUUAAAGUGACUAAUGCUGUUGCAAAUGUCAUCUGCUCCCUCAUCUUUGGCAAUCGGUUUGAAUACCAGGAUGAGGAUUUCCAAAGACUGCUGAAGCUGAUGUAUGAAACGACUGCCCUCCAUGGAGCUAUCACAAGCCAGCUGUACAACAAUUUCCCAUCUAUAAUGAAGUACUUACCUGGAGCCCACCAAACCAUUUUUAAAAACUGGAAGAUACUGAAAAAUUUUAUGCGAAAGCAAAUCAACAAACACAAGGAGGACUGGAACCCCUCAGAGAGCCGGGACUACAUUGACAGCUACCUGCUGGAGAUCUCCAAGGACCAUGAGAGUGACACCUUCCGGGAGGAACACCUCAUGGCCUGCACACUCGACUUGAUGUUUGCUGGGACUGAGACCACGUCCUCAACCCUCCGCUGGGCUUUGCUCUUUAUGGCCACACAUCCAGAAAUUCAAGCCCGGGUGCAAGCUGAGAUCGAUGCAGUCAUUGGCCAGGCACGGCCGCCAGCCCUGGAGGACAGGAACAACCUGCACUACACCAAUGCUGUCAUCCACGAAGUGCAGAGGAAAGGCAACGUUAUCCCUUUCAAUGUGCCAAGAAUGGCAGUGGAGGAUGCCUAUGUGGAUGGCUACUUGAUCCCAAAGGGCACUGUUAUGGUGGCAAAUUUAAGCUCUCUGAUGUUUGACAAGAAUGAAUGGAAAACUCCUGAGACUUUUAACCCCGAGCAUUUUCUGAAGGAUGGGAAGUUCUGGAAAAACGAGAAUUUUAUACCAUUUUCUAUGGGGAAGCGCUCCUGCCUGGGUGAGCUGCUGGCCCGUGCUGAGCUCUUCCUCUUCUUCACCUCCCUGCUCCAGAAAUUCACCUUCCAGGCACCCCCAGACACCACGCUCAGCCUCCAGCCCAUGCUAGGCAUCGCCAUGGCCCCACAGCCCUACAAGAUCUGUGCUGUGCCUCGGUAGGGAGGCCUUGGCCACACUCCUCACAUGUCAGGGGUGCUCAAACAAAGCCUUGACAGUCCAUGGGGAGGCUGGGUGGUUUAUUUAUUUCAAAGCAAUUGCAAAACCAUUUCUUUUACAAGUAGACUUUGCACUCUGUAUCCCAUGAUGAUGUGAUCAUGGGAUCAGACUGGGAGCUACCAGGGCAUUACUAGGCUUGCCUUAUGGCACUGUAAUUUAAUGAGGGGCUUGGGGUUUUCCUAAUUUUAUGAUGGAUGGCCAUGGUUCACCUUGGCAAAAUGAGGGACGCUAGAGACUGCACUGUAGAAGCUGUGGCUGGGUACUGUGGGAGAGCAAUACCAGCCUUUGUUUUAUAACAUUAACACAAGCAUUAAUCUGACAUUUCCUUAAUAG